CGCGUCCUCAACAACAUUCACACCCACACUCUCGAACCCCAUUCCCGUCGUUGUCCCUUGCCUCCUUUCUCCGUACCAAAUCAUCCAGAUUUCCAAUUCUGCAGGCAGAACGUUCGUUGCUACGGGACGGAAUUGAGAAACAACAAACCACCAACGACGUCAUUUCCUCGUUCCCCUUGCCUUUGCACCAACUCCCGUUCACCUCCCGUCUCUGUCGAGCAUUACAAUCGCGGCCUUGGAGGGAAGGCUGAGGAUACCAUCAUAUAAACUCAGAACGCCCUCCAGCCGCAUGGUGCGAUGAACGAAACCCCGCGACUGCGGUCGGCCUUCCCAAACACCCCCAGGUCGGAAUUCCGUUCAAGAAAUUCCAAUGGCUCUCCUCAACCUCUCUUCGCCUCAAGCCACACCUCCUCUCACAGGUCCUCUCCCAUAACAAAACCCAUCAGAGUUCCUAAUGACUCUCGACCGCGGACCACAGUCUCUCCAUUGGUCCCCACCAAUGCCGUCGAUGCCCCAACCCAACGUCUUUAUGUUUUCGGCUUUUACGCUUUCUUAGUCGCAUGGAAGAGCUAUGACUGGUGGCACAUUGAAACCGUCGAGGAUUCAUCAUGGCACUUUCUGAAAUGGAUGUUCCUCGACGCCACUUUUUUCACAGUCUUGCCCUUGUUGAAGAUUCCAUGGCUCGAAUUCUCGUUUGCGACUACCGUGGCCAUCGUCGUCUCGCAUUUCGUUGUCGAUGUCUUUACCAUGUUCCGCAUACCCAUUCCAGUCUUAGCCUGGCUAGGCGCCCUGGUAAAGUUGGCCUAUGAUCGAGAAGCCACCCUCUCCGACGGCCGAAUAAGACCUGCCGACGUUCUUCACAACUCUUCCAUCAUUCUGGGGAAGCAAAUUAUUCACAUCCUGCCAGAAGGCUCGGCCAUCCUCAAUCCGGAAAAGCAGGCUUUUUGCCUCGACUCUGCCAUGUCCCACAUCGACUUGCCUAUACAAAUCAACCAGACCACUCCUAUUUCAAUCGAAUUGGCUCGCUACGAUCUUGACACCGACGAGCUUGAAACUAUCAUUAUUGGGAAGCAGGAGGCAAAGCAGUUGUUGAAAUCCGCCAACGCCCGGUCUCAAAGCACCGCCAAAAACACUCCACGCACUCUGCAUUACACGGUCAAAAAGACCGGACUAUACCAAUUACAGCGUGUCAUCGAUGCGACCAAUCUUGAUGUACGCAAGCGCAGCUUUGACGUCGCCGUUGUGGGAUGCCCAAAGGCUUCAGUAUCGACCGAGUCUACUCACCGAUGUACGGGAGAUUUGACCAGGGUUUCCUUGAAAGUCGAAGGCGUUCCUCCUUUCAAGGUGAGAUACAGCAAAUCGGUCAAUGGACGCGAAUUGAGCUCCAACGUACAAAAUGUCCAACCGUCUCUGGACUCGGGCUUCCAAGCCCAAACAGAGGAAGAUACCACCGUCCUCGACCCCAAAGCUCCUCAUAGGGGUUGGACAAAAGCGACGACCGAGUCUUUUGAGAUCAAUGAAGCUUUGCAUCAAAAUGGCACUCACUCGUACACCGUUGAGGAUAUUGAAGAUGGCCUUGGUAACAAAAUCUUCUACACCUUGGAUGCUUCGAAAGGCUCCCAAGGCCCUCGAACCGAGUCUCUGACAGUUCACAACCGUCCUCAAGUCAGGCUCCAUGACUGUGGUCCUGAUCGGUCGAUCCCAAUCCCCAAGGGCCGUUCAACGGACUUGCCUGUGCGUGUUCUGCCGCCAGCAAGGCUUCAUUCAAGUGAUUGGCCAUUGAAACUGAGGUACACUUUUGUACCCGAAACCGACCAGGAAAUCCCACGCGUGGAAGAUUUUACAUUCCACAUGACGACCGAACGCUCCAGUCCUCAAAUCACGAGACCUGGUCGCUACAACCUUGAUUCAAUUGAGAGUCAGUUCUGUCGUGGCGAGGUCGUUGAGCCGUCUUCUUGCAGACUCUUCAAUCCCCCCGAACCUGACGUCGUUCUUGAGUCAGAGGAAAUCUUUGAUAAGUGCGCUGGCAAUCCAAUCGGAAUGUUGGUCAACCUCGACUUUACAGGAACUCCCCCCUUCACCGUGCGAUACAAUGUCGAACAUCGAGGGAAGAUUCGUCCUGAGGUCAGGGAAUUCCCAAGCAUGCGAGGCCAGAUUGAGUUAUCAGAGAGGUCAGCAGGCUCCUAUAGCUAUCACUUUCAAGAAAUAAGAGACAAGGUCUAUGGAUCGGUCUCCUUGAAGGAUCGACAACUCACCUUGAAACAAGACAUCAACCCACCAGCAUCCGCAUCUUUCUUGGGAGCCCAGUCGCAAUCUAAGCAAUGCCUGGGUAGUCCUCUAUCACUUCAAGUCAAAUUUGUGGGACAGGGUCCAUGGGAUCUCGACUAUGAGAUCAUUUAUGCUGGCAAACGCAAGAAGCACAGUGUCCAUUCGGAAACAGAAAUUCUCACCCUUGAUCUUCCAGAACAGCCAGGUGGCGGCCGUCAUACUGUGAUUUUGACCGGGGUCCAGGACAAGACUCGAUGUCGAACAGCACUGAAAGAGGAACGGCACUUUGAAGUCAGGUCCGAUCGGCCAACUGCAUCCUUUGGUGAUGUUGCAGGCAAGCGAAUCGUCCUUGCUCUGGAAGGCAAGGAAGUCAAAAUCCCUCUUCGCCUCAAAGGAAAUGCGCCAUGGUCUGUUCGGAUCCAGAACGUGGAUGAUCCUGUCAUGGCCAGUGCUCAGCACUUCCGAGACGCUAAUGCCGUUAUCAGCGUUACAAAACCUGGCACCUACGAGAUCGUGGCUGUCGAUGAUCAAUGUCAAGGUGUAGUUGACCAGAAGGCUCACCAAUUCAAAGUCAGCUGGAUACCUCGUCCUGCCCUCGGUAUCAAAGAUAUUCUUGGGGAACAAAAGGGAGAGGAAUUCCACAAAGCACCUAUCUGUCAAGGUGACGAGUCUGUGCUGUCAGUUGGACUCACUGGAAAUCCUCCUUUCACCGUAGGCUACCAACAAAAAUUCGAACCCAUCAAAGGAUCUCCCUCCAUCAGCAACAAAGUUGCCAACUUUGUCAACAGCAAUGCAAUCAUCAAGCUCGAAACUGCCAAACCGGGCGAGUAUACUUACACAUUCCGAGAGCUUGCAGAUGAUCGCUACUCCAGCGAUAAACAGAGCUUCAAGCCCAUGGUGGUCAAGCAACAAGUCUAUGCUCCUCCAGCAGCCGCUUUUGCUCACCCAGGCAAGGUAUACAGCUACUGCAGGGAUGACCCAUCCCUAACCGAGUCCGGCCAAGAGACCGAGAGUAUCCCAUUGAUCUUGACCGGUACACCACCCUUCAGCGUCGAGAUUGCCAUCCGUCACCACGGACAAUCCGGACGGCCCGAGAUCAUCCGCCAGAGAGACAUCCAGACCAAUACCUACACGUGGCCAGUCUCACGCGCCUCACUCGCACUAGGAACACACAGCAUCUCCAUCCGCUCCAUCAAAGACGGACGCGGAUGCGAACACAUCAUUGACCAUGAUUCCACCUCCGUUCGCAUCCAAGUAACCUCCCCACCCACGAUAACCCCUCUCCAAUCACAAGAAAACUUCUGCGUUGGAGAAUACGUCUCAUUCUCCCUCAGCGGCCAAUCUCCCUUUGAAGUCUACUACACAUUUCAAGGCCGGGACCGAAAAGCCAAGGUUUCAGACACCGAGUUCAAACGUCUGGCUGAAGCACCUGGCGAAUUCAUCAUCACCGGCGUCAGCGACAGUGCCAUGGGUCGAGGUAAAUGUCGAGCACGCAAGGAUAUUCACAAGACGAUCCGUCCGUUUCCAACGGUGGAGAUUGGUCGUGGCAAAACCCUCAUCAGUGAUAUCCAUGAAGGUGGUGAAGUUGAUAUUCAUUUCAGCUUUACGGGAACACCGCCUUUUGAAUUUACAUAUACACGAUCCGAACACGCAAAGAAAGGCCGUAACAAACAACCAGUGAUCCUCGAAACGCGACACGACACAUCCAACGAAUUUUCCAAGAUCAUCCGCGCUAGUGACGAGGGUAUCUACGAAGUCGUGUCUAUCAAAGAUCGGUAUUGUUCGUAUACUAAACCGUCGCAUAAAAAUGUAGGUUCGGGCGGUGGUGGUGGGCAGAAGAGGUUGACUUAUUGAUUCAUUUGAUCUGAUCUGGCUGGGUUGGUCAGGUUGGGUCAGCGUAUUGGACCCGUGAGCCAUGGACCACGGUAGCAAUAAACAUAAAAUGGAAUGAAGCGAAUUGAUCCAUCGGAUUCGGAUUGGAUUGAGUUGGAUUGGAAUGGACUAAGGGGAAGACUUCCUAGAUUCAACCAGGUCAUGGUCCAGAUUCAGGGAGGGCCAAGGGGUCCUUUUUGUGUGUCUGUCUUUUCAGAUUUGCAUAGGGUAUAAUAAUCAUGAGCCUUGUUUUACCACAA